AUGAGUUUUGAAGGCCCAUACAAUAUUGGCCCAACCAAAGUCUGAAGCAGAUAGAAACAGAUAAGGGCGCUGUUUUUGUAUGUUCUUCCUUUAGCUUCAUCUUCUUCUGUAGUAACCGUUUUCGCUCUGUGGUGUUUCCAUGACUCGUAAUAUCCACUGAACUAACCGUUUUGUCAAAACCCUAGUUUCCACCUUCCUCAAUGGCUUCCCAAGUUUUUCUCCAGACUCUGUUUACCCCUAAUCAAUGUAUUCCAUCAACGAAGCUUUGUUUCUCUUCUUCUUGUGCCGCUUCUAAAUUCGGUUCUCGUAACUUGCCGUUGAUUUCAACUUCAAUUUCACGGCGUUGUAGUCCUCUCAUUGCUAAAUCUACUUUUAUUGUGAGAGCUGAUUCCAAUGAUGAUGCUGGUUCGGCUUCGGAUAUUGUCGAUGAAGUUCCGGAAACUGAUGCUGAACAGGUUUCAGAUUCUGAUCCCGAAAUUGAGCAAUUGAAGCCACCAAAACAAACUCGGGUUAAGCUUGGUGACGUUAUGGGGAUAUUGCAUCAGAGGGCAAUUGAGGCAUCGGAUAAAGAGAGGGUAACUCCAGACAUUAGGACUGGAGAUAUUGUGCAAAUCAGAUUGGAAGUUCCUGAGAACAAGCGUAGGUUGUCCAUUUAUAAAGGUAUUGUAAUCUCAAAACAGAAUGCUGGUAUUCAUACCACUAUUCGAAUCCGAAGAAUUAUUGCUGGCACAGGUGUUGAGAUUGUCUUCCCAGUCUACUCACCAAACAUCAAAGAAAUCAAAGUGGUGAACCACCGAAAGGUCAGGAAGGCAAGAUUGUACUAUCUAAAAGACAAGCUUCCAAGAUUCUCCACUUUCAAAUGAUAAGGUCAUGCAUUGUUCAUCAUGUUCUUAUUCAAUGUAGUCCGCUGAUCCUGGAGAAGUUAGUGCAGUAAUUUGAUUAUUUUGAUUUGUUGUAUUGUAAAAUGUAUCAAUUUUCUUCCCCUUAAUGUAUGUCCUAAAAAUUUAAACAAGUGUAUUCUCCCUUGAUAAUAUUGAGAAAUUUGAAGUGUUUCUUCUGUAUGCUUAUUUUUAGGUAGAAACCCAAGCUCUAAAGCAUCACAUUGUGUAAGAGUCACGUUCUUAAUUUAUAUUGUUUUAUUUGUCA